AUGACGGUCAUGCAGAUUUGUUCGGCGACCGGCUGUGAUGUGAUAGGACUUCAGGAGACCCGACGAGAGGGGCAAGGUUCAAUUGCACACGACAGGACGGUGGAGUGCAAUCGCCCGAGGCUGAUGAAGGUGCGUCUACAAAUUGGCCGCACCUGCGGAGUAACUUUCGUGGUGGGGUACGCCCCCACGGAAACUGUCCGCACCAUCGCGGGCGGUGAUGUUAACGCCAAGGACUCCUCCGGACUGCUCUCGACGGAGCGAUCCGGGAGGAGGCGAGACGGGUGCUGCGAUGCCAAGAUUAUGGGCGCGUACGGACGCGACAUUAUGAACAACAACGGGGAGCGACUCCUUGGACUGGCAUCAGGCAACCAACUCUCCCUGACCAACACCUACUUCCGGAAACCGAAAGGUGGAGUGCAGCACACAUUCCAGAGCUCCAACAAGGGGAAGGAGAAGUACCGCCUCGACUUCAUCCUCAUGCGUCAGGCGGACCGGCGUUUCGUGCGCAAUGUCUCCGUCAAACGUGUCGACUUCAAAGACUCUGACCACAACCUCAUGCUUACGACUGUCCGCCUCCCCCCCCGUGUCGCACCCAACCGACGAGUGCGGGGGAACAGCGGAAGCAGCCGGAUCCGUAUCGACCUCGAGCGGUUGAGGAAGGACAAACACCUACGGGACGCCUUCCAAAACAGGGCCUCCAGCCGCCCUCCGCCCACGGCGCUCAGGCGGCCAACGGGAGAGACCGCCGCCGAGCUGACGGCUACGGUGAUGUCGGCCGCUGCUGAGACCGCGCCGCUGGCGAGGUGCGCACGAGGGCAGAGAGGCUGGUACACGAGCGAAGCGCAGCACGAGAUCUCCGAAGCGUCGAAGGAGAUUAAGGCGGCCCAGCAGCAACUGCGUGGGGCCUCAAAGAACAGCGCCUGCGAGGCGACCCUGAAGGCGAUGCUCAAGGCGGCGCGGAAGAAUGGCAGCAUCGCGAGGUGGAGAGCACUGGAAACGUUCUUCGAGGGCUAUGUACGGCAGCUCGAGAAGAAGAGCCGCGAGGGGGAUCAGGCGGGUUUCUACAGGCACCUGAAGAUGAUCGACGUCGAAGGUAA